CCCGAGCAGAGGUCGAGGCACGCAUCCGAGAGAGGCUGCCGCGCGGGGCCGUCAGCGAAAACUGCUCGUGACGGAGCAGCUCCGGCCCAGGGGCCGAGAGGCUGCCAGGGCCCGGCGACUCGACAGCAAGGCCUGGCCGCUGGCCAGCAUCUGGCCCGAGGGGCCUGCGCGCCUUUCCUUUCUGCGUCUUCGGGCCCUCCUCUCCCGCAGGUGCCUCUCCCGAGCCCCCUCGGUAUUGCAGCCAAGUGGGCGCUGCGGUCUCCACAAGUGUGGCUUGCAGUCUUCGUGA